CCUUCUCAACUAAACCCAAUCCCAAGCUUAGAAAAACUGUUUGAAACUUUGAAGACCAGAUUACUAACCCCAACAACACACCACAGCACACUGUAAUUCAAGAUUUAUCACUGUCACCAGUGUCAAAGAUUGGAAAGAGAAAGAGAAAGAGAGACAACAACAACGAUAAAGUGAAACAACUGAGUGAGAUACCCAUUGCGUCUCUCUCUCUCUCCUCUCUCUACAAUUUUUUCACUGUAAAAUGGUUCCUCUGGCCAGUUGAGGACAACUCUGAGACUUACUCAGACAUGGGUUGUUGUGAAUCGACGUUGCUGGCAGAGACACACCCAGAAAAGGACAACCACCACCACCACCACCAACAGCCGCCGCAGAGCACAAACCCACCUUUCGUCCACCCACCGCCUUCCGGCGGACCAGACACCGGAGUUCCCUCCUUCUCGGAGUUCUCUUUCUCGGACCUUAAAGCCGCCACUAACAACUUCAGCCCCGAAUACAUCGUCUCCGAAAGCGGCGAAAGGGCCCCCAAUCUUGUCUACAAGGGCCGCCUACAGAACCGCCGGUGGAUCGCCGUCAAGAAAUUCACGAAAUUGGCUUGGCCUGACCCUAAGCAAUUUGCGGAAGAGGCUUGGGGUGUUGGAAAGUUGCGGCAUCGAAGACUUGCAAAUUUGAUUGGGUAUUGUUGUGAUGGUGAUGAGAGAUUGCUUGUUGCAGAGUACAUGCCUAAUGACUCUCUUGCUAAGCAUCUAUUUCACUGGGAAAAUCAGACCAUUGAGUGGGCCAUGCGUUUGAGAGUAGCACUUUAUAUAGCUGAAGCCUUGGACUAUUGCAGCUCCGAAGGUCGUCCAUUGUACCACGACCUGAAUGCUUAUAGGGUUCUCUUUGAGGAGGAUGGUGAUCCACGGCUUUCAUGUUUUGGUUUGAUGAAAAAUAGUAGGGACGGGAAAAGCUACAGCACAAAUCUUGCCUACACACCUCCGGAGUAUCUACGAAAUGGAAGGGUUACUCCUGAAAGUGUUAUAUAUAGUUUUGGAACUGUCCUUUUGGAUCUACUAAGUGGAAAGCACAUUCCUCCAAGUCAUGCUCUUGAUAUGAUACGUGGCAAGAACAUUAUUCUCUUAAUGGAUUCACAUUUGGAGGGAAAGUUUUCUACAGAAGAAGCAACAGCUGUUGUUGGUCUUGCCUCGCAAUGUUUGCAACAUGAACCUAGAGAGCGGCCUAGUACUAAGGACCUUGUUGCGACACUUACUCCGCUGCAAACAAAAUCUGAUGUUCCUUCUUAUGUCAUGCUUGGGAUUUCAAAGCAUGAGGAAGCCCCACCAACCCCACAGCGCCCUCUUUCACCAAUGGGUGAGGCCUGCUCACGGAUGGACCUCACAGCAAUCCAUCAAAUCUUGGUUAUGACACACUACCGGGAUGAUGAAGGAACCAAUGAGUUAUCUUUCCAGGAGUGGACCCAACAGAUGAGAGAUAUGCUGGAGGCAAGGAAGCGUGGGGACUUGGCAUUUCGUGACAAGGAUUUUAAAACUGCCAUCGACUUGUAUUCUCAGUUUAUAGAUGUAGGAACCAUGGUCUCCCCAACAGUUUAUGCACGGCGAAGCCUAUGUUAUCUCCUAUGUGAUCAACCUGACGCUGCUCUUCGAGAUGCAAUGCAAGCACAAAAUGUCCACCCAGACUGGUCAACAGCCUUUUACAUGCAAUCAGUUGCCCUUGCCAAGCUCGACAUGCACCAGGAUGCCGCUGACAUGUUGAAUGAAGCUGCUGUACUUGAAGAGAAGAAGCAAAAGGGCAUGAGAGGAUCAUGAGAAUUUGACGUAUUUAAUCCCAAAUAAAUUGAUUCAUCACCACACCUAUUGUUCUUAACACUUCCCUGAGUUAGUGAAAUCUUGAGUAGGGAAUUGAAGUUGUCUUCUCAAUAGCAAAUGUAUUAUAGGGGCAAUACAUGUUCUUUGCAUUAACAGAAGGUUUGCUUUUGCACCAGUUGAUGAGAAACUAUCAUUUUAAUCUUGUUAAAAACAUACUUGAGCCCAUAAAUUACAAUAUGAUUGUUGAGCAGGAUGAUUCUGGUAUAA